AUGCCUCCGGUCACCGUUCUCGAAGACUGGUGGUCUGCCAGGUCGUCCGACAGCAUGACGGUCGUUCCCGGCGACGUGCCUGCCAGGCAGGGACGCGCCAAGGCUCCUGGUGUCUUCCCGCCUAAUGGCUUCGAGUGCGUCGAGUCACAGACGUACUCGGACAUCAUCUCUGGUUGGCUCGUCGGAGUGCAGAAGCCGCGGAAGGACGAGGAGAUUCUGCAGCAGGGCUUGGAGAUCCUCCGCCAGGAGGCCACCAUCAAGAUGGCAGAACAUGUGGUCGUGACCCCGGAGGCCAACCCCGAGUCGGCGCUCUUCGACGACUCUCCCACCAUCCGGCCCUUCUCGGCGGUCAUGGAGAUCCCCGCCCUCCCCCUCCCACCGGUCGCCAUCGUGCGUGAGGACCCCGCUGCGGCCGUCAUGUAG